AUGUCAGAAACGUUUGAGCCUGAAACGGGGGAAAUGAUAGUUAAGCGGGUGAGCGUUCCCAUAGGACUUGAAGAAUUAAUGGAAGGCUUAACAAAAGAGGUGCUUCUAAAGAAACCAGACGAUAUUUAUUUAUUCGCAGCAGAUUACUUUUCACGUCUGCUUAUACUAAGAGAUAAAGGUGCAUAUAAAGUUAAAACACAGCGCAAUGCGCAAUCCGUCGUCAAACAAACUCCCAAACAGCCAAUAGAGAAAUUACUAGUUCGGGGAGCUUCAAAACAACUCUCCAGACAAAUCAGCGUGAGAGGCGAAUCGCCAACGAAAAAGGUUCCCCCCGUUAGAAAACCUCUAGCACGCAUGGGCAGGGAAGGUAAAGACAUCGAGCGGAACAAAAUUGUUGACAGGAGGAAGACAAGAAUGUCUGAAGGGAUUGAAACCAAGGUUACAGAGUCUAAACCGAAGCAAGUCUUUGCUACACCCCGACCUGCACCAAACAGCAAUGAGGAGAAAGACAAAAGUAUUUUAAAUAAAAGAGAUAGAUCGUUGAGCAGUACCAGGCGUGGAAGAUCAUCAAGUAGAAAUGCUCAAGUAACUCCUCGCCAAAAAAGUACUUCAACUCCGAGAAAGACAGAAACAUCUUCUGAAAGUGAGAAAUCUGGUAAAAUUAGCAGAGGCGAUGAUAAACACAAAUUGGUAAAGAAUGAUAAUAAAAAAGAAAAACCUGUGGUUUCUCAAAUUUCAAGUAUAGAAGAAAGUCAGGAGUACGUCAAAGAUGGAAAAUUGACAGUAACCUCACCAAAAAUUGUUAAACAUCCUAAAGUUUCAGACAGUCAAGAAAUGAUAAACUCUAUAGUUGUACCUCAAGUAGUUGAUCACAUAGCUACAACUGCUGAUAAACGUUCUUCUGUAAAUAAUAUCAACGAGACAGAAAAACCUGUUGAAGGUAGUGAAAAAAUUGCAGUUGAUAUGGAUGAUGAUGUUAUGGAAAGAAAGGAGUCGUUAGUAAGGAAAGAUGUUGCUGAUGAAUAUUUUAAUGUCAGUAAUGAGAAGAAAUACAAAAACGGUAAGGAGAAACAUGAGACAAAUAAUCAUAGUGGUAUUGAUAAUAAAGUAUCUGAGGAAAAUGUAAAGAGAAUUGAUUCAAUGAGCGGUGAAAAUAAAAAUAAUAGUAUGCAAUCUGAUAUAGACAAAAUAGAAAGAAGUAUUAAAAGUGAUGCAGAAGAAAUUAAAUCCGAUGAAACAGUUUCGGUAGAAUUAAAACCAAAAAGUGUAAAAAGUAAUGAAUCUUCGGAAAAUACGCAUGAACAUAAUAAAAGUGAUCAACAUCUAAGAAGGGAUCACGAUGAAACUUUUCCAUUUGCUAAUCAAAAUAAUAAUAAUAGUUUGGAAAGUGCAAACCGAUAUGAAAAAGUGGAAACUAAGGUGACCGGUAAUUUUGAGGAAGAAAAUUUAGAAUUAAAAACUGAAGGCAAUGAAGAAGCAGAUAUGAAUUUGAAAUCUGAGAUGGAAAGUAAAAUAAAUUUAACUACUAGUCAAGACGAUUCAAAAGAAAUUUUGCGUACAGAACAUUUAAACAGUGAUAUUGACAAUAAUCAGCAAAAUUAUAGUAAAUCUAAGAUAGAAAGAGAAGGCAAUGCUGCAAUAAUUAGCCUUAAUGAAAAUGAAACGAAGACGACUGAGAAAGAAAAAUUACUUGAAAAAAUAAAGUCCUCUGAUUUUGAAAUACUAGAUAGUACUAAAAUUAAAGAAAACUCCAAAACAGAGUCAGAAACUGGAACGCAAAAAGAUGUAUAUGUGUCAGACGAAGAUCAUAUAAAAGAUGAUGAUAAGAAAGAAUACUCAAACCAAUCAAAUGAUAGCAAUAAUAAGAAGGGACAAGAGGACAACGUUACAAGUAAAAAUCCUUAUGAAAAUAAAACAGAGAUUAAUGACAGAGAGCUUGCGAAAUUAAAAUGUACUGAUCCUAUUAUAUCCGAAAUAAUAGAUGAUAAUAAAAUUCAGGAGAAAUUCGAAACUGGGAACGGCGCAAUUUCAGAAACUAUGACUCAAAAUGAUUUGCAUGCUUCAGAGGUAGAUGAUACGAAAAAGAAUAGUGAUAGUGUCACAACUCAAUUAAUAAAAGAGCGUUCAAACCAACAAAAUGAGCUUAUUGUUAAUAAAGAUGAAGGUAGUAUUUCAAAAAGUAGUAUUAAUGAAAAUAAAACUGUUAUUUCUGGUGAAGGAAAACUAAAAAAUGAACAGUUCCCUGGUCCUGCUAUUUCCGAGUUAAUAAAUAGCACUACAAUUGAGAAGAAUUUAGAACUUGUCCCUAAAACGAAUUCCGAUAUAGAAAAAUCUAAAGAACGUGAAGAGAAAGAUAAAGUAGCAGAAAAUACUAUUGAUGAGUUAGAUCAUCCUUCUUUUGUUAGUAAGGUAACUCCGAACACAACAAAUAAAGAACACCCAGAGAAAGUUGCAGAAAAAGAAAAAAAUACAAUACCCAAUGACACUACUUUAAAACCUGGUGCGGAUGAUGUAGAAAUUAUAAAAACAAAUUGUAAAAUUGAAAACAAAGAAAGAAUUGAGGGAAUAGAAAAUUUGCAACCAUUAUGUAAAGAUGAAGAAGAUUCAGGAAAAUUACAAGGAGUUGAGGAUAAAAAAUUGGAUAGUACGUCUGAAGACUUAAAAACAGAGAAUGAUAGUAGUGUAUCAUUAGAAAGUGAUAAUAAACCUGAGAUAGAUAAACCUCUUAAUAAUUUAAUAUCACAAAAUACUAAAGAAGAGAAAGAAGAAGGAGAAAGUUCAACGUUAUCAUUAAAAACCGACGAAAUAAAUAUGCCUGGAAAAGAAAAUUCACCCACAGAAACUAAUAACAUAAAAUACGAGGAAGACGAAAUAACCGCACUCUGUACCAGUACAAUAGAUGGUGCUGAUAAUAUCGAAAAAAAGAAGGAUAUUGUCAAACCUGUACGAGAAAAAAUCGAAGAUAAAUUAAAAAGUGAUAGUGACUCAAGUACUGAAGAUAGCAGUAAUAAAUUAGGGCAGGAUAUUAAACCUAUUGAAAAAAUUAAUGAAAAUGACAUGCAAACCAAGGAAAAAAUUGAUUUGGACUAUGCAGUGUUGAAGUCUGAAAGUCAGUUAAAAUUAGAUGAUCAUUCUAUAGAGGGAGAUAAAGAGAAGUAUAUUUCAAUUCCAAUAGAUAAUUCAGAUGGGAGUGUCUUAAAGGAAGGUAAAACUGAAAUUACUCAGCUUAACAUUAGUCCAUCAGUCGAAUCGAAAGAACGGUAUAAGGAUGCUAAGUUAAGCGAGAAUAAUAUUUUGAAUAAGAGUCAAAAGGAAGAUGACAAAAAUGAGAGUUACAAGGAAAACAAUGGAAUAAAAACUACAACUGUUCUUGACGUUAAGCCUGACGUAUCCAGUGAUAGUUAUUCUACUAGUACCGAUGAAGAUAUUACUAAUAAAGAAACAACUGUAUCUACUACAAAUACAACUGAUAAAGAUAACUCUAAUGAUACAUCUAAGGAUGAAUCGAACGUACAGAAAAGUUUUUCAGAUUCUUCCAUAGAUCAACUAGAUGCUAAAACAGCAAAAAUUGAUGAUAACAGUUUGGAAGAAGAUAAGGGGAAACAUAUUAUCCAUCAGUCAGAAGAGGAUGCUAUAAAUAAUAUAUCGAAAUCUUUAGAAGACAACUUUUCACAUAGGAAUGGAGACAAAGACAGUACUACUAAUGCAAUAAGGUCAGUUGUAAGUAUUGCUGAAGGUGGUUCAAUGGAUCAGAGGGUAAAAACAUAUAUUAACAAUUUCAUCCAAAAUGAAAAACAACAUCUGUUUGUUGGAAUGUCUAACAUAGCCAGUGGCACUGGUGCAGAGUUAGAAAAGCAAACCGAUGAACCAUUCAUAAAGACAAAUAUAUCAGACACAAUGCAAGAAAAACAUCUAGUCACAAAUGAGAUACUGAAUAAACAGUACAAAAAGGAAGAAAACAGUCAUGGUGGUGAAGAAAAUGCUAUAGACCAUCCGUUACAAGAGUUAAAAGAUGAGGAAACGAAAAAUAUUAUAAAUUCCACUAUAAAUGUCGUUACUGACGGGUUGCUUGAUCACCAGGUUAAAUCUUAUAUAAAUCAUUUUAUACAAAACGAAAAACAAAAAGUAUUUAUUAAAAAUCCUGAUGAUAUAACUGACGAUAAUGUGAAGAUUGCUACAACAGUUGAUCAGGCAAAAGAACAAAUAGAAGAUCCAUCAACAAUCAAGUCUAAUGAAGAAGACAUUAUAAAAUCCGCAAAAUCUGUGACGGAAGCGAAACACCCGUGUGAUAUAGAUAACAAAUAUAUUACUGAUUUUUUACAAAAGGAGACGGAAAAUGUUUACAUACAGGAUUGUGAUGCAAAUAAAAAUCUUGCAAUUGCCAUUGAAAAAGAAAUCAUUACAAGUGACAACGAAUCUAACUCGAAAAAACAUGUUAAUAACUCAUUCAAAGAAAAUAAUGAGUUGGAAAAAAAGCCUGAAAGCGAGAAAAUUAGCGAACAUAACUUUUCAACUGAAUCGAAUAUGGAAAAUAUAAAAGAAACUCUUGACCCAAAGAAAACAAUGGAAGAAGAUAAAAAAAUAAGACGAAUUAAAACAGUUGAUGUCAUAAGAGAUGAAAAUAAAAAUAAGGCUCAAAUAAAAAGUCGAAUUCCUACAGCUGAUUAUAGAACUAGGGGAAAGAUGGACGAAAAUGAAAAACAUACACGUAUGAAACGAUCCAGUUCAUACAGUGAUAAUGUCAGGCCCCCUGUUGAAAAUGAUACUGCUAUCGUAGACGAAAAAUUCACAUCUACUACAAAUAAAGGUGGAGUUGAGUUAUUAACUAAAGAUUUAAAUAAAUCUGUGGUAACUAAAGAGAAGAAACACGACCAAGAAAAAGCUGAAACAGUUAAAGAAGUAGAACCUGCGGUAGCAUCCACAAGUAGCUCUAGUGAAUAUGCUAAUGAAAAUCAGACAAAGAAAAUAAAUAAAGAAUUUUUAGAAGAUAGCAAUAGAAGCGAGAAUUCUUUAAAAAACACCACGUCUGAUUUUAAUUUACAACAUGAAGGAAAAAAUCAAGAUUUGACAAAAAAUGAUGAUUCUCAAAAAGAAGUAGCAGCUGCAAGGAAAAAUAAAGCAGAAAUUUUUGAAAAGCGGGAAACAGCUGAUGAAGUUACCGGUGAUAAAAAUGAAGACAUGGAAGAGAGAAAAGAAAAGAAAAAUAAAUAUCAACUUGACGAAGCUGCUGUAAUCAUUCAGAAAAUUUGGCGCGGUUUUAAAAUUAGAAAUGAAAAAGGUGUCAAAAGUAGAUUCAUGAAAGACGAUGAAAAAGUGAUCACUAAUCAAACUGCACUAGAUAGUGCUGGAACACACAAGUCCACAGUUUUAAAAUUGGCCUCAAAGCCUGAAGAUGAAUUCAUUAAAGCUGUAACAUUAAUUCAGAAAGUUUGGAGAGGAUUUAGAGUAAGAAAACUAGCAAAAGCACAUAUUGACUUAAAAAGUGGGGAAAAAAUUGCCACAAAAGAUCCAAAUAGUAGAACGCCUAAAGAAACAACUUCAAGAAAUCAAAAUGAAGUAAAAACGCCACAAGAGAUAGAAUAUUUGAAACAACAAUCUGAAAAUAAAUUUGUUGAGGCUGCGAUAUUAAUUCAGAAAAUUUGGCGCGGAUUUAAAGUUAGGAAACCGCUUAAAAAUAACACUAAACAAAUAAUAGAUGGCAAAAAGACGAAAGAUUCAGUGAUUCCUCUUAGUGAAAAAGAUAUCAAAUAUGACAUGCCGAACGUAGAAAUAAGUAAAAAACAAAUAGCUACAGAGAAUGCAACAAAUCAGGAAUCAACAGACUCAAAAUCAUGUCUGAAAUCCGAAGAAUUCAUUAAAGCUGCAGUACUAAUUCAAAAAAUUUGGAGAGGAUUUAGAGUAAGAAAGCAGUCCAAGAUAGGUUUUAAGUUAAAAAAUAGUCAAAAUAAUGAAAGAGAGGAACCCAUAAGUAAAAAUGUUGGAGAAGUAGCCAAAGGUCAAAAUGAAAUAAAAAUUUCACAGGGGAUAUUACAGUUAAAAUCACAAGGAGAAGACGAAUUUGUUAAAGCAGCUAUGUUAAUCCAGAAAAUUUGGCGUGGAUUUAAAGUACGAAAAUUAUUUAAGUUGAAACAAGAAAUUGUUGGUAAAAAGAAAACUGAUUCAGAGGUUUCAGUUAAUGGAAAUGAUUCCAAAAGUAGUGUAAUCAAAGAAGGAGCUAUAGCUAAACAAAUUACAGGAGAAGGUACAAAAAUCCAAGAAACAACGAAAUUGCAAUCGUCUUUAAAAUCUGAGGAUGAAUUUACUAAAGCUGCAAUAUUAAUUCAAAAAAUUUGGCGAGGAUUUAAAGUAAGAAAUUUAACGAAGAACAAAUUUGAAUCAAAACAUAAAGAACAAAUAAUUACAGAGAAAAAUGUGAAGAUAAGUAAUCAAAUUGGAGCAAAACCAUUGAAAGAAACAACACACUUCAAACAAUCACAAAGAGAAAAUGAGUUUGUUAAAGCUGCUGUAUUAAUUCAAAAAAUUUGGCGCGGAUUUAAAGUGAGGAAACAAAUAGAACUUAACAUGAAAGAUAGAACUGAUAGUAAAAUAGAUACCGAUUUACCGAUACCUACAGCAUCUAUAAAAACAGAAGAGGAAUUCAAUAAAGCAGCAGUACUAAUUCAAAAAAAUUGGAAAGGAUUUAAAGUAAGAAAUCUGUCGAAGAGAGAAUCUAAGUUAAUAAAUGAUGUUGAUAAUGUACAUAAAAAGCAAAACAACACUUUUAAGGAUGGAACAUUAACAAAACAAGUUGUAGUACAGGAAAAUGAAGAACAAUUUGUAAAAGCUGCAAUUUUAAUUCAAAAAUUUUGGCGCGGAUUUAAAGUGAGGAAUACAUUAAAGAAAAAAUCAGAAAACAACAGUAAGCCGGAAAAAUCAGAUUAUUUAAAAAGCAUAGUACCCAAAGAAGCUGUCUUGAUUAAACAAAUUAUAGCAGAAACAGCUUCACCACAAUCAAAACAACAAGAGGGACAAAAUAAAAGUAAGGAAAAUAAGAAAAUAGAAGGAGGGGAUGAUAAAUUAGGCAUUAAGACCAGUGAAUUAGAUGAUGAAUCUGUAAAAGCUGCAAUAAUGAUACAAAAAAUAUGGCGAGGCUUUAACGUACGAAAGGUUAGACAGCAAACAGAAGUUUUUGGAAAACCGGUAAAUAACGAAAAACCUGCAAUAGAAACUGUAAGAGAAAUUGACCCAAAAGAUAAAAAAUCGGCCUUGAAAAUACAGUCCCUAUGGAGAGGUUAUCAAGUUAGGAAAAAUAUCAAUGUAAUUAAAAACAAGCUAGAAGACACAAUAACUUCGAACGAUGCUGGUAAGGGAAAGGAAUUAACCGAUGGCGAUAUUUUAAAUGCAGCAACCAAAAUCCAAGCGGGUGUUCGAGGAUAUUUGCAGCGAAAAAAAUUUAAAAACGAUAUUAAUAAGUUAAAUAGUAUCUCUGAAGAAGGUGACAAAGGUAUAUAUAACGCAACUGUAAAAGAAGGCGAUGGUAAUGGUUGUAAUGUAAUUGAUAGAAAGCUCUCAGAAGAGGAGGUUUUAAAAGCACUUGAAGAUCUUAAUAAAUUAAAGGUACCAAAUGAUAUUCCUAUACUGCAUGAAAUUGAUAAGCCAAAAUUUUAUAGAAGUGACACUGUACAAGAACCUCAGUUUGAAAGAAAACAUAAUCCACCACUACUUAAAUCAAAUUCAGUAAAUUAUAUCCCAAUAAAAGAUGCUAGCACCUCAAGUUUGUUGAACAUAGAUGAUAAUAAUAACGCAAAUAAAUUUAACAAAUCUCCAUUAGGAAUAAAAGUACAGGAUGCAAGAGACCAUGUGGCAGGGGAAAAUUUAAACAAAUUAACAAAUGAAGAAAUAGAUUUAAAUAGAAAAAUUAUUAAUGCGAAUAAUAUCGACAGAAAUACACAUAAUGUACAUCAAAAGCUUAAUACAAAUAAAGAAGACUCUAUACAUCACAAUAAAUUGGAUUUAAAUCAAAUUCCCCAAUUACAUGAUUGUGAUAAUUCUGUAACACAUGAUAAUGAAAGUUCAAUAAAGAAGUCUUCAACAAAUAAUGUUGCUGAUGAAGAGGAAAAUCAUAUUAAUCCAGUAGAUCAAGAAAUUGCAAAUAUACUUAUGGCGCCUGAUGUUGAAAGUUCAAUGAAAAUUUCCAAAAAUGUCAGUGAAGAAAAUUUAAAUAAUAUAAAUCCGCAAGAAUCCACAAAAGUUCAAUCCAACCUAAACUUGCCAUAUAAUUUACAAGAAAAAACUAAUAAGAACAUUUCAGUUGAUACCAAAGGAGACUUGCCUAUUAUCGAUAAAGAGAUUGACAGUGCACCCCCCGGAUAUGAUGAAAAUAAAUAUAGUAAUGCAGAAAAAAAUAUAUAUGAAAGGCCACUUAGUAUGGAUUCUAACGAUUCUGUAGUAACAGUAAUAUACAAAGAUAUACCAGAUAAUAAAAGUGAAUUUGAAGAUAAUGAAGUAAAUGUCAAUGUAUCAGAUAAAAUAGAUACUAAAUCAAACGAGACUCUGUCAGAACAAGAAACAUUAAUCGGCGAUUUACAAAAUAAAUUAUUAGAUCAAAUAUGUGGAAGAAAUGAUACACUUGAUGAAACAGUUGACAAAUUUGAUAUCGAACAACUGAGAAAGGAAUUAGAAGAAACGGGGUUAAUUUAUAAUACUGACGAUAAUAGUCAUAUCCGCCAUGAAAAUUCUAGAGAACUACUAGACGACCAUGACCAGUUACUCGACUACUUGGAAGGUUAUGAGUUAUCUACUCAAGGGACUUACCAGACAUAA